GUAAUGUGACAAAAUGUGGAAAAGCUCAAGGGGUAUGAAUACUUUUGCAAGGCAUUGUACAUCUCCAAGGAGAUAAGCUAACACUGACAUAACCAAUUCUGUCAAAUAACUCCAACACUGAUUAACAUUUUACAUUGACUGUUAAAAAUACUCUUUGGGAGUUGAACUCAACUUCGAUGUAUCACUAUGAAUUAACUUGUAUCUACUAUUCUAAGUGAAGCCAUGCUAUUAUUCCAUGCAACCAGAGGCAGUAUAGAUAAUACCAUUAAGGAAAUGCUCAUGAUUUAUUAUUACACUUUCCUGGUGUUGUCUGUGCUGGGGGAGGGACGCCAGCACAUUCUUGGGAACAGACAUUAUAUGCUCUCCACUCGCCACCAGCCUCACAUGAAAAGCUGCCCAUUGUCUUCAGCAGCUGCUGUUUGAUUCUCAACACCUCUACAGACAUUCAAAGGAGCCUGACAGACCCAGAGUGAUGAAUCCCAAAGGGGAUAAGCCUAAGUGCAAAAUUUCAGCUUCUCGCAAGCUCUCCCUAAAGAUGCUUCUCCUAACAAGGGCCUGUGAGGAUUUGGAGAGGGAGCAGCAAGAGAGGGAGGAAGAGAAGGCACGCUAUCUAGGAGAGAAGAUGCCUCCUUUGCAGUUGUCUGGAUUGUCACUGGAGGAACUACAAAAUCUCUGCAAGCAGCUUCAUGCAAAAAUUGACGCUGUGGAUGAGGAGAGAUAUGACUAUGAACACAAAGUGAACAAGCACAACAAAGAUAUCCACGAGCUGAAGCUUAAGGUACAGGACCUUGGAGGCAAAUUCAAAAAACCUGCCCUGAGGAAGGUCAGGGUAUCAGCAGAUGAGAUGAUGAGCGCACUCCUGGGCUCCAAACACAAGAGCUCGAUGGACCUCAGAGCUAACCUCAAGUCUGUGAAGAAGGAAGACGUCAAGCAGGACAAGGUGCUUACUACUGAAGUGGGUGACUGGCGUAAGAACGUGGAGGCCAUGUCAGGCAUGGAAGGUCGCAAGAAGAUGUUCGAUACAGGCAGCACCGCACAGUGA